CAAUAGAAAUUUUCAAAUUAGAGACUCAAUCCAGUCCGUGUACAUCGUCGAACACUGUGUAGUAACCAACAGCUCUGAUCGUCGUUGCGGGGCUGGUGGAUGACGUCGUGUGCUCGUCCAACCUCCAGGGACAGAAUUUCUUCCUCCUGAUCCGCCAGCAAACAGACUCUCUCCCCACUGCACGAUCGUGUUUCAAGUUCUCUGUUCUGAUCCUCAAUCCUUCUAGACCGUUUCUCUUAUUUCCCCCCCUUUUUUCCACCCGUUUCGAUCGAUUGCAGUAUUUCUUGGUUGUUCACUGGUCCCGAUUUCGCGGAAAGGACAGAAUGUCUUCCAAGGAUCCACACAGUCAGAUUCCGGCCAGCAGCAGGGGUUCGUGGUCAAGCUUCCUGAAGUCUAUCGCUUCCUUCAACGGUGAUCUGUCCUCGCUGACCGCUCCGCCCUUUAUCUUGUCCUCGACUUCGCUGGUCGAGUACUCUGCCUACUGGGCUGAGCAGCCGGCCUUGUUUGUUGCACCCGCCAAGGAGUCGGACCCGGAGAAGAGGGCCUUGCUGGUUCUAAAAUGGUUCCUCAGCACCCUCCACCAGCAGUACUGCAGUCGGAGCGAGAAGCUGGGCAGCGAGAAGAAGCCAUUGAACCCGUUUCUCGGGGAGCUCUUCAUUGGCAAGUGGGAUGAGGACGAGGAGGUUGGCGAGACUUCGUUGAUCAGUGAACAAGUCAGCCACCAUCCACCUGCGACUGCAUAUGCAAUCCGGAAUGAAAAGCACGGGAUCGAGCUUCAAGGCUACAAUGCCCAAAAGGCGUCGUUCUCGAGUACCAUUCAGGUGAAGCAGCUCGGACAUGCACUGCUGACCCUGACUCCUCCCGGUGCGGACAAGAACGAUCAUUCCCAGAAGGAAAAGUACUUCAUCACGCUACCCAGCCUUCACAUCGAGUCUCUUAUCUACGGUACUCCGUUCGUUGAGUUGGAAAAGACCACCCGUAUUGCCAGUACUACGGGCUAUAUCGCCAAGAUCGAUUACUCGGGCAAGGGCUGGCUGAGUGGCAAGAAGAACACUUUCAGCGCCAUCUUGUACAAGGAGAGCGAGGGUGAAAAGAGACCUCUGUACACCAUCGACGGCCAGUGGUCGGAUACCUUUGUGAUCAAGAACGCCCGGACCAAGAGCGAGGUAGAGAAAUUUGUGGUGGGGGAGAACAAGAUCACGCCUCUGAAGCUGGCGGCCCUCGAGGACCAAGACAUCUACGAGAGUCGUCGGGCCUGGAAGGACGUGGCGGCCGGCAUUGAGAACGGCGACAUGGACGCGGUCUCUAUCGCCAAGUCGAAGAUCGAAAACGCCCAGCGCGAGCUGCGCAGGAUCGAAAAGGCAGAGAACCGGGAAUGGGAGCGCCGUUUCUUCAAGCGCAUCAAUGAGGUUCAGGAUACCGAUCUCAUGCAGCUCACGAGAAUGCUGGAUCUCAUCGGCUCCUUGGAGAGCGACAAGACCGGUGGCGUCUGGCGGUUCGAUCACGAGCGAGCAGCUGGUGCCGCACCGCCCUACCACGAGGACGGCGGCAGGGGUCUUGGUCUCCAUGAGUAGCGGGGAUAAGAAUAGGAGUAGGAGUGGAUGGGGGCCUACGUUCCCUCCCGUGCACAGGAUGAUUUGGAGUUUUGAAUAUAUCUUGCUUGAUUCCGACGUUUGUCCAUGCGAUAUUCACUGAGGGCUCGGGCCUUGUCUCAUAGACUCGAUUCCCCCCUCCUCUCAGUAGCUUCGGUUUUUUU